AGCCCGCACUGUUUCUUGAAUUCACUCUUCUAGUCAGGAGCAUUUUGUGUAUUGGGGAGUGAAGUCCAGAUCCAGCAUGGAGCAUCCCUGCUUCUCUUUUACCAGUAUCAUUUUGGUCAUCCUUGUCUCUUUACUGAGUCUAGGCUAUACAGAGCCUAAUGGGGAUCAUCAGUUUCUGCGAGCACCAAAGGAACAUGGACUGAGGUACCGUCGUCAGGCAACAGGUUCGCCGACUAAGCUGAAGAUCAGCAGCCUUUUCAUCCGUUGCAAUGUAGUAUCCAGAUAUGCUUUUACCACCGUUCACUCUGUGAUGGAAAACCCGCACGCCAAAGCCCAAGAAGCAGUUUUUGAAUUCACUCUUCCAAGCUCUGCAUUCAUCUCUAACUUUACACUUACAUUCAAAGACAAGGAAUAUGUGGCUCAAGUCAAAGAAAAAAUCGAGGCAAAGAAAAUAUACGAUGAGGCAAGGAAGAAGGGGUAUACAGCUGCUCAUGUUGCUACAAAGGAACGGGAAGCUGAGAUAUUUAAAGUGUCUGUGAAUGUAAAACCUGGUGAGCAGAUUGGAUUCACUCUUACUUAUGAAGAGCUCCUUCAGAGACGUUUCGGAAAGUAUGAGAUUGCACUAAGUGUCAGACCACAGCAGGUGGUCCAGAACUUGAGUGUGGAGGUGUCCAUUUCAGAAAGAACAGGCAUUGAGUAUAUCCAAGUUUUGCCUCUUCGCACUAGCCGGCUACUGACUAAUAACCUCAAAGGUGACACAGGAAAGCCCUCAUCUACUACAAUUGAAAAAAGUGCUAACUGUGCAUACAUCAAGUUUAACCCAACCCCUAAAGAGCAGACCGAUUAUUCAAGGUCAGGAAUCAUGGGAGAUUUUGUUGUCCAGUAUGAUGUGAAUUUACAGGACCUAAUUGGAGAUGUACAAAUCUACAGUGGAUAUUUUGUUCACUAUUUUGCACCUCGAGGCCUUCCUGUGGUUCCUAAAAAUGUGAUUUUUGUAAUUGAUGUCAGUGGUUCUAUGUACGGAACAAAAAUAACUCAGACAAGAAAGGCGAUGCAUGUUAUUCUAAAUGACCUACGUGACACCGAUUACUUCAACAUCAUCACAUUUUCAAAUGAAAUUCAUAUGUGGAAGCCCGACCAUUCAAUACCUGCCACUCAGCAGAAUGUUAAUAAUGCCAAAGAUUUUGUGAGCACCAUCAAAGCAGAAGGAUGGACUGACAUCAAUGCAGCUUUGUUAGCAGCUGCCUCCAUAUUUCACAAAGGAGUAUCUGAUCACAAGAGCAAAAAUAUAGUGCAGAAAGUGCCGUUAAUCAUCUUCCUGACAGAUGGAGAAGCAACAGCUGGUGUGACUUCAACCAACACUAUCCUUGCUAAUGCCAGGCAGGCACUAAAUGGUACCAUCUCUCUUUUUGGCCUGGCCUUUGGUAGUGAUGCAGAUUUUGGGUUACUGCAGCGUCUUUCCUUGGAAAACAGAGGAAUUGCGAGGAGAAUCUAUGAAGAUUCAGAUGCCACAUUGCAGAUGAAAGGGUUUUACGAUGAGGUUGCAAGCCCCCUGCUUUAUGACAUACAGCUGAAUUACAUGGAUAACCACGUGGAGCACGUGACUCAGACAUUAUUUUCAAAUUAUUUUGAUGGCUCUGAGCUGGUGGUGGCUGGCAAAGUGAAGCAAGGUGUUCAAAAUAUCCAUGUGGAAGUUACAGGCAUUGAUUCAACUAAGCUUAUAAGUGUGGAAAAUGAUAUUGAUAUUAAUGCUACUGAAGCCACUUUUGGCUGUCCUGGUGAUACAAGCAGAAUCCAAGGCUUUGUACAGCGGCUUUGGGCAUACUUCACUAUAAAAGAGCUCCUUACUGCCAGACUUAAGGCCACUGAUACAGCAGCACGUCGUCUGCUCACUGACAAGGCCACUAACCUUUCACUUAAGUACAAUUUUGUAACUCCCGUUACUUCUCUUGUGAUUGUGAAACCAGAGGAGGAGGAAUCUGAAAAAGGACAUUAUAAUACAACAUCCUCUACCACAGUGACUUCAACCACAUCUACAACUAUACACUCACACUCCACAAAAACAGCAAUCACUACAACAAGAAGUACAACCAUGCCUAUUAAGAAGAAGGUACCUCCAACUUUCACCACAGCAAAACUUCGACUUACAGCCAUAACCCAAGCCAAAGCUGAGACAACCAAACCUGUGGCAAUGACAACAUCUACAUUCUCACCAUUGAUGUCCUCAGCUACUACUGCUUCCAAGAUUUCUGUACAAUCGGAUGUGGCUGAGAACACAACAUCUGUUUUAUCUAUUGAGUCUGAUGGCAGAACUGCUGUAACCCAGAGUGAUCAUACAGCUUGGUAUCCACAUACAAGUAGUUCCAGGGCAACUGUAUGGGAAACAAAUGCCAACAUAAGUACUCCAAACACAGAAGCAAUAUCACUUCUUACAACGAUGCAUGUUACAGUUCCACCAACUACAAUCACAACCACUACCUUUCAUGCUACACAUGUGCCACUAUUUGCAGAUAUAGCACUGAUUGAAGAUGACUUGGCAGAAGCACUAGGAGAACUGGAAUCAGAGAGUUUUGAUAUGGAUAUCCAGUUUCUACAAGGAGCCAGUAGAUUGAAAGCUGCUCCCAGUCCCAUCUACAUGAGUCGUUUUAUUUCUUCAGGUAAGGAUUUGGAAACCAGGUGCUGUAAAUAUCAACUACUUAUCUUUCUGUCAUUCUAUGUUUUUACAGUUGAUGGAGACCCUCACUUUGUGGUGAGGCUGCCAGAGUCGCAGGAAAGGCUGUGCUUUACAAUUGAUGGAAGGCCUGAUGAUAUCAUAAGGUUAUUCUCUGAUCCACAGUCUGGAGUGACAGUAAAUGGACACUUGCUUUGGGCUCCUUCAAAGAUUGGCCAUGAGGACAAGAUCCGUACCUAUCUUGAUAUCAUUACUGUCAUUAUCGAUAGGCCACGGAUGAAUUAUAUCAUCAACAUCACACAGAAAGCACUCACACUGAAAGGGGAGGCUCAGAUCACCAUUCCCUGCCAAGGUUCCCAGACCAUAACAAAACCAGGUCUAGAAAUAGCAAUAUCUCAUUCUACAAAAAUCACCAUUAGGAUUGCUGGUGGACUAGAGUUUUUGGUGAUUAUACACCACUACCUUCAUCCCACAUAUCUGCAACUUGACCAUUUAGGAUUCUAUGUAGCCAGCUGGCCAGUGAUCUCUCCACGAGCUCAUGGGUUGAUAGGUCAGUUUCUGAAUGCUGAUAUUCGCCUUACCCGCAUGACACAGCAGCACCAUUUGAAGGCAACAGCGGAGCUCAAGUCAAAGAACAACAUGAUUCCUGUGGUCUUGGCAAUGAAGACAAUGAUGACGGACUCCUUUUUGUAUCCCCAUGAGUCUUGGUGCUGGGAGGUGAAGAAGGAAGAUGUGGACAAUAUCAUUGAUGGGACAUAUGAGGAUUACAUCAUGUCACACUUGCUGCAAGUUUAAAGAAGAAAUGCUAAACUCUUUUGGACCCAUUGUGACUCACUUUGAAUCUGCAAGGAGAAGUAGCCAUCAGUAAAAUCUCUAGUUUGCUGAAGGAAUCAGCACAAAAGGCCACAUUUGCCAGAUUACUAACAAAUCACUGCUCCCUGAUAAAACGUACAUUUAACCAUUCUGUUUAUUUCCUUUGUGACUUUCUUCAAAUGAACUGCCUCAGGUAGAAGCUGACAUGGUGGGGAAAAACUAUGAAGAAAAUGGCAUAUAUUCUCCAGUAGGCAUGGAUACGGAAUGAAACUGCCCCCACUGAUAAGCAGUAUUUGGGCAGCUUUUCCAGUGCCCUUUUCUUGUGCUGCCUAUAAACCUGUGAGCCUAUUCAAGCUUUUGUUAACAGCAGUUGUAAAGUUAAUAACAAGGUUUUCCGAAGUGCUUGUGGGUAGCAUAUGACAUUGCUAUUGUAGAUGGUUGGAUCCUCUUUAGUAUCACUUCAUCCUACUUUAUUUCAGUCAUUCCAGCUUCUCACUGUCAUUACAAUGCAGUACAUCUUUUAUUUAGGCAGUCUAGUAUGACAUUGCUGUCUGGAUGAAUGAGCUUGGAUUAUAGCCAUGCUGGGGUACUGUUUCUGGUAUUUCAGUAAUGAUGAGAGGGUGGUGGAGUUGUGUUUCAUGCUGCUAAUAAGUUUGAAGCAUUACGCAUUCAAAUUAGAUUACUCUGCUAAGUCAUAAUUUUAAACUACAUUAUUUAAUACUGUAGCUGUGGUCCUCCUAAACAUGCUGUACCUUGUAUAGCAGUAAUAAGUAAAUAAGAUGGCAGCUGUUCUGUAAUUACACUAUUUUCGAAACAUUUGCUUUUGAAAGCUCAGGAAAUGUUCUUGCUCAGCUGCAAGAAUUAUUAAAGAAGGACAGGUGGAUAAAGGUAAAUAAAAAUCAGCUGUGAAA